AUGUUCAAUUUCAUUUUAUUGCUGCCAGCUGUCUUAUUGCCAGUUGUUGGUUCGUUGCCAGUCGAAAAAACUGAUGGAUUGUAUCAAGAAAGUGCAAAAGAAGAGGUUCUGGUACAAAAUUCGUUAGAAGCAAGUGGUGCAAAGCUUCAGAAGCAUGAUUUUGGGGCAGUGGAUAGUGAGUUGGACGAUGAGCAUCUGGAACAUUACGCCUAUCCCAAGUACAAGUAUGAAUAUGGCGUGAAGGAUAGUGGCACCGGGGAUCACAAAAGCCAAUGGGAAACGCGAGAUGGUGAUGUAGUAAAAGGAUCAUACACCCUGGACGAGCCGGACGGCACCCAGCGAAUCGUCGAGUAUCAGGCAGACGACAAGGAAGGCUUUAAGGCUACCGUCAAAAUCGUGGGCCAUCCCAAGCCGGAAGUGCUGAAAGUACCGGAAUCACGUCAAGUGCUCAAGGAGUUCCCAACAAGUCUAUCAAUCGGUGCCUACAGCGAGUUUCCAAGCCUACAAAACAGUCUCAAUGGCUUCAAUGGCGACUUUUUCUUCCCGGGCCAGAGCUACAGCACGUUGAAACGAUACGACCUAGGGCCAAUCAACUGGUUGCGAUAGAUUGGUAAUGAUCGAACAGGGCAAUUGAGCUGUGAAGAUGCUGCUGACUGGUGAUCAUCAAUCAUUGAGGAUGAUGAUAACAAUGACUGAAAAACGUACUGACGAUUGGCGAUGUAAGCGGUAGUGUUAACUAUUAGCCGUUAUAGAGAGAAUCGUGUAAAUAAAAAUAAUUGUGAUUGAAUC